AUAUGCUGAAGGACAAAAGAAAACAGCAAACUCCGGAAAAGAAACAAUUUUUAAAAACCUAUCUUUCUAAAACGGUCUUUUUUUAUUGUCAAUCGCUGAAUACUUUUUUUCUAAAUAAUUUCAUACCUAUUUUCACGUUCUGAUCUGAAAUGCUUAAACGUUUAAGGAGACGUGAAGUUCCUGUUGAUGUUCAUAGUGAAGACGAAGAGGAGUUUGAUGCUACUCGCGGAGUACUUGAAUUUAGCGAUAUCUCUGAUUCAGAAGCGAGUGAAGACUCUGAUGUAGAAAGUGAAGCGACUCACAGUGAAGGUGAAGGUGAAGAAGAAAUACAGGAAGAAACUAGUGUUGUCAAAGAGGAGGCAACUAUUACGAGAGAAGAGUUAAGUCUUACAAAAGAAAAAGAGUCAAACUCUACUCAUAAAGACACUAGCUCUUUAGUCGAGGAUACAAGUACAGCUUCGAUUGAAGACAUUUCAAAAGGAGUUGAACAGCCAAAAUCUACCGAGCACAAAUUGAAGGCUGAAGAUCAAUUAGAAAUCAAACAGGAAGAAAAUAAUUCCACUAUUGCUAUUAAAGAUUCUGGCGAAGAUGGUAUUAGUUCAACAGACGGAGAUGAAUUACAAAGUCAUUCGGGAAACGAGAUUGAGGUACGAGAUGAAAAGCGGGAUGAUUCUAAGAAUUCUGUCAACGUUCCCGAAAUGUCAGGUUGGCAAAAAAAAGUAUUAGCAAGACAAGAAUAUCGUAAAAAGUUAGCAGAAGAUCCCGCAUUUGUGCCUCAUCUCGGUGAAUUCUGGGGACAUGAUGAUAGGUUCAUUAAGGAUGAGCUUAGAGAUGACUUUGAUUCACAUUAUCGUAAAUCACCAUUCGCUUCUAGGUAUUUAAAUAUGUUAUUUGCCAAUCUAAAAGAAAUUGUUAGAGUCACAAUAGUUUACCUUAUUACAUUAUUUAUCAUUAUUCAAUUUUUACUGAAAAGGCUCCUCGACGUCGAUCGCAUUUUCAUAAUAAUAUUACAACUCCAAAGUUUAAUCAUUCGCGUCCUUCAAAUUCAAUUAUAAAGAGAAGGAAUUCAUUUGAAGAACAAUCUAGAUCAAGAGGGAUGUUCUUAUCAAAGUAUGAUACUAAUCAUAGGAGAGGAAAUGGUAGUUCUAGUAAUUUUAAACAUCAUAAAUCAAGUGUACGUGGAAGUAGAUCAGAAAAUUCAUAUAAUGGAAACGAUGGAAACGUUAGUUCAACAUCCCGAUUCAAUGAUAAUAAAUCUUACACAGGAAAAGAUAAUUCGUUUCCGCCGAAAGGCGGGAAUGGGUUUCGCGGAAGAGGUUAUAGUAGCAGACACUAUAUGCGUUCAGGUUUAAACCGAGAUCAUUCAUUUAAUUCUAACCAAGCUGACGUUAGUGAGGUGGAUGGAAAACAUAAUUUAAGUCAGGACAAAAAUUCUAAAGAACAACGUUCGAAUAAUGAUAGUGUGGACAAUAAAGACUCUCAUAUUAUACAUAAUAAUGGACAACAAGAAAGUCGUGAAAAUAAAAUUGAAGAGAAUAUAAAUAUAGUUGCAGA